AUGGCUCAAGCCUCUGAAGCUCUUGCACCAGGAAGCAGAGAGAUAUUUGGUUUUUCGUUGAAAUUAGCUGGAGAAGGAAAUCCUGUUUUAGCCAAGGAAGCUACAGAAAUUGCUAUCGGGUCUUUGACCGCAAAUGUUGAUUGCUUUAAGCAGUGGGACAUUCUAUAUAAGGAGAACCUAGAAGCUAGUGUUGUUCUUCUUAAAAAGCUUGUAGACGAAUGGAAGGAUCAUUCUCUCAAACUAAUAUCAACACCAAGUGAUACUCUCACCCUCAAUCGGGCCAUGAAUAGCUUCAGGCUAAAGAACAAAUAAGCCAUCACUGAAAGAGAAGCUCUUUGUUCUAUUUACAAAGAAGCUGACAAGUCCUGCAAAGUGAUCUUGGGGAGACUCUCCUCCGGAAGUGGCUACCUCAAAGGUAUAACAGCUGUUACUGCUGCUGGGGCUGUUGUUGCCGGAGCCGUAGCAGGAGCCGUUGCUACAGUAGUCAUUGGAGGAGCUACUGGAAUGGAAUAUUUCCAGUAGGUGUAAUGAGAGUUGAAGUUCUUAGAAUCACAAAGUUGGAAUCUGGGUGAAUGUUCAAAGGUCGCAAGCUUGUACGUAGAAAAAGCCUAAUUAAUGCUCUUUAACUAAAUUAUUUGAAAUAUCUAACAAAUUUGUUUGCUAUAUAUGGAUACGAUUCAUUCUCUCAAACUAUUAGAUUUGUUUUCUCACGAAUUACUGUUUUUGGUUAUGGAUUUAGGCAAAGGAUUUCCUCAUUUCUGUCAUCUUGUAA